AUGCUGCCAGGGAUAUUCAUCCAGGCGCUGACUGUCCUCCUGCCUCUCCGCACAGCAGCCUACACCCUCAACGAUGAUACCUUCGACCCACGAACAGCAACCACCAAAGACAUCCACCACACCCUCUUCACCAACCAAACAACUUGCCGCGGCAUCAUCUCCUCCUUUCUCGCCCGCAUCGAGGCCUUUAACCCCGUCAUCAAUGCCAUCAUCUCCCUUAACCCUGACUCCCUCUCCGUUGCAGACCAUCUAGACGCCGUCCUCUCUUCCUCGUCCAACAUUACCUCCCUUACCACCAGCUUCCCUUUAUUUUGUGUGCCUGUCCUCCUCAAAGACAACUUCGACUUCGUCCCCCUCCCCACAACAGCCGGCUCCCGCGCCCUCGCCCUCAACUUCCCUUCCGAGGACGCCCCAUCCGUGCAAGCCCUCUCCUCCGCAGGCGCCGUCAUCCUCGGAAAAACAAACAUGCAUGAUAUGGCCCUUGAAGGUCUCACCGUUUCUUCUUUCGCCGGGCAGACCCGCAAUCCUUAUGACCUGAGUCGUACCCCGGGGGGGAGCAGUGGCGGCUCGGGGGCUGCGGUGGCAGCGGGGUUUGCGGUGUUGGCUAUGGGGACGGAUACGAUGAAUUCGGUGAGGAGUCCGGCGAGCGCCGGGGGGCUGGUGGGGGUUAGGCCGUCCAGGGGCGCGGUGAGUAGGAGGGGGGUGGUGCCGGUUAGUUGGAGGCAGGAUGCGGUUGGGAUAAUGGGGAGGAGUGUGGAGGAUGUGGGGGUGGGGUUGAGGACGUUAAUGGGGGUGGGGGUUGACCCUCAAGAUAAUGCGACGUGGGAGGUACCUGGGAAGGUGUGGGAAAGGGAUUCGGGGAGGGAGAUAGAGAGAGAGGGUAAGAGGGGGGUGAGGGGGAGGAGGUUUGGGUUGUUGACUGAGGGGUAUUUCAAUUUUACUACUUCGGCGGAGACAGACCCCGUCAAUGGUGCCAUGAGAAAUAUGGUAUCCAAAUUGACCGCAGCAGGGGCAGCAGUAAUCAACAUCUCCGACCCCCUCCUCAACCCCAUCUCCCUAAAGUCCCUCGACGUCCAAAUUUUCGAAUACCCUCCCAUGCUUACGUCCUACCUCUCACUCACCGCUUCCCAUAACCCCCCUGGCUCAGUUCCCCCCUCCUUUCGCGCCUUAUAUACCCAAGCCCGCCCCAACCGCGCCUUUCUCGUCCUUCCUGCACAAUCCUCCUUCCUCCACGCUGCCCUCAAGUCCUCACCUUCCUCAGAAGAAUAUCACUCCCGUCUGCAAGGCAUCUCCCGCCUGAGAGAACACCUCCUUAGCGUCUUCAAGGCUCAUGAUCUUGAUGCCUUGAUCUACCCCGAGCAACAGAACCUUGUCGUGCCUAUCGGUUCGCCCAACCAGUACGGACGGAAUGGCCUGCUCGCGGCGUUGACUGGGUUUCCGGUCGUGUGUGUGCCCGUAGGGUUUUCUCCGCCUACGGACUUGGCGCCGGCGGAGCCUCUUUGA